AUGGCCAGACCAACUCCUGGCAUUCGCCAAUUUCCUAUCGAAGAUACAGUGGGUCUCAACACUAUCGGCCCCAGUUCUGAACAACCCCGGAUCGGCAAGGAAUGUCACGAUCAUUUCACAACGGCCCGGCGACAGAUGGACGCCUCAAACGACGAGACGUCCAGGGGACGGCCCGAGCAGUCUGGCAAACGCGUCUCGCGUGCCUGCUUGCAUUGUAGGCAGCGGAAGUCAAGAUGUGACUUAGAUAGUAAUGGUAACCCUGGUAAGCCACCGUGCCAGAGGUGCGUCAGAGAGCAUCGCGACUGCGUCCUCGGUGGCUCCAAUCGCGGAGGCCGUCGCAUUCGCAAGAAUAAAAUCAAGCAUUUCACGCCUGCUUCAGACCACUCGCCCAACAAAGAUCCCAAGGAUACCACGGCAAGUCCAGGGGUCCUGAAUGGCCUUGGAGCAUCGUCGGGCGUCCCUUAUCCCGGUCCGGUGGUUUUCCUCCCGCCAGACCAGUCGGCUGAGACCGCUGCUUCGACCAUGGCGUCGGCGGCCGUCGAGGGGGAUGAAGAGGCUGCAAUCGACACAGUGCCACGCAAUCCGUCUGACGCCUGGCAGUGUCUGACUGAUAUCGCCACCAAAAGUGCUCCAAUGGUCCCCGAGAACCGUGGGAGCCAUCCUGGACGAUCGGAUUCAAUAUCGACGUAUCGUGGCAUGCGCAAUGGUAUUUUGCCCGAUUUCAAUGCCGCACACACUGGCAUACGAGCCUAUCGACUGGUUCACUCUCGCUCCUUGGACUCAGGUCUUGUGUGGCAGCUAAUCACUCGCUACGCUGAAAACUUCCAUCCUUAUCUUCCCCUGGUGCCUCGAAAGUAUUUUGAGUAUUCCGCUCUCGAUGACUUCGCCAACAAUGAGAAACAUCUCCUCACUGCGGUCUUGACUAUCGCCUCAAAGGAUCUCAUCGAUCGACCAGAGAUUCACGAGUACUGUUCCAAGUACAUGCACGAGUUGAUCUCUGGCAUCGCCGCCGGCGCAGAGUGCGAUGUAGAGGCGGUCGAGGCUCUGUUGCUUCUUGCAGAGUGGGAGCCUCAGGGUCUACGGCCUCGUGUUGAGCGCGUUGGUCGGGGUGAAGAAGAUCGGGCUGCAUGGAUGCACGUUGGUCUCGCCUUGCGUUCGGGCUACUUCAUUGGGUUGGACCGAACCUCAUUUCGAGGCGACCCAUCCGGAGACCCGGAAUCAGAGGCUCGCCGUCGACUCGCGUGGGCCAGUGCCUAUGUCUCUGAUCGAUUAAUUUCGGUACGCAUCGGGCGUGCAUUCUGGUCUCGUGGGCCCGGUCCGAUGACCGGUCUGUCAAGUCACGAUUUCCCAUCACUGCAGCCGGCCAAGGAGGGCGAUGAGGACUAUUCAAAGAUUUACCAGGCCAUGCUUGACCUGACCCAACUUUACGGGAAUGUACACGAGGUCCUAUACUCGGGCAUGCGAACGAGCAAUCAGAUGAUGCUAAUGGGUGAUUACGUCAAGUACGUCGAUGAUUUCCGCCUGGCUAUCUUACGGUGGAAAUCUCUUUGGGGGCCAUUGGACUGCUCACCACCCAUGCGGGCGACCCUUCAGCUAUCUUACGAGUACCUGCGUCUCUACACGACUGCAUUUGCCUUUCAGGCUGCAAUCUCUCAGUGCUUGGCAAAGCCCAAGACAGACGGCACACAUCGCGAGCAACUUCGAGCUACUUUCAAGAAUGUUGCAUCGAUGCAGGACGCUCGAUUCAUCUACGAGUCUGUUGAUGCGGCCAACGCGUACUUGACUAUAUUGGUAGACUCGGUUGAUCCAGAGCGCCACCUACAUUUUAUGCCUCUUCGAUUCUACCUUUAUGGUAUUUACUCCGCCGUCUUCCUCUACAAGGUAAAUCUUUUCCGCCGGACAUCCCUCCACUUCAAAGAUGCUCUUUCUGACCAUGUCUCCCAGGCCCGCUCAUUUGGAAUGAUGCUUCCAUCCGAGGAAGCCAAGGUUCAAGGUCUCGUAGCCCGCACCACGGAGGUUCUCAAGCGCGCAAGCGCUGGUCCGGACGACAUUGGAGCGCGCUAUUCUCGCCUGCUUGAGCUUCUGUGGCGACCCAAACCCCAUCCUGUGACCAAUCGAUCUGCAGAGCAGCGUGAGCCCAACGAGUUCUCCAUACCAACAGCGCUCUCCAAUCCAGUCUCCGAUCCCACGUAUAUGGACUUCAGUCCUGCCCACGAUUUCUCGUGGCUGGAUUUGGAAGCCGUGGGCGACUAUGUCUCUGGCGACCAACCCCCCGGAGGACUGCUCGGUCUUGAUGUGUUCCAGAAUGAAGCCACGCCCUAUCCGGGAGGACACGAUCGAUCACAAGUCUGGCAAUCGUCUGCAUGGCUGGGCGACAUGAGCAGCAAUCUCUUGUUUUAG